GGUGCCUGCUGCCAGUGACUGUCAUACAGUGACAGACACAGCAGUGGCAGCAGCAGCAGCAGCAGGGGGGACAGGACGGCGCAGCAGGGAAGGGAUGCAGAGUAGGGGAAGCGCCUAUCCGUCCCAGCGCCUCCCUGCACUGCAUCCCUUCGCUGAGCGGGUAGCGCCGGGCCUGGGCCCAACACACUUGAAGCAGGUAUUUUUAUUUUUGGAUCCUCAUAGAAGAAAAGUAUGGAUCUAUAAGUGAAGUUUUACCUCUAUUUAGGUUGAUUUAACUAUUAGGGCCAUCUCUAAUUAAAGGAAGUGAUGUAUGUGGGCAAGUAGUUUAAAUAGCAGCUGCAGCAAUCACUGCUUCAUUCUGUGACUUCCACAUGCAGCUAAAGUUUCCCAGGAUCUACUCUGUGAGACCUAUUGAGGAAGCCACAUCAUUUAUACUUUUGAGAUUGUCAAACCAGCUAUUUAACUCUGGAGUUUUUACUGUAUGAGGGUCAAUACUUGAAUCAGAAAUAGUCUCUGUUUUUAAAAAGUGGACACCAUUUUUUAGGUAGUUUACAAAAAUGCCGAUAUUCGGUUGUCAGCACUCCUAAGAGACUAAAAUCAAUAAUUCCUCUAGGCGGUCCGAUAAGGAUUUACACCCAAAUUAGCUUUAAGGUAGUCCAUAUAAAACAUCACCACCUAAUUGAUUAUACUUCUUAGAAGGAACAUCUUUUAGGAGCCCGGAUAUAAGAGCUCCACUUAUUAAGUCCCGACAUAGAAAAACUUUGAAUAACCUUUUAUUUGAGGCUAUGAUCAUCUAUACAAAUCCAUCGAGAGCAAAUUAGCCCUUUUCCUAUACUCGUUACCCCUGAUGAAGUCGAUAAGAUGAAACGCGUUGGAUUUGUCAGUCAAAAGAUCACAACCUAGUUUGUGAAGAUACUCCCUGUCGAGCUCGUACCUUGCAAAAGAAACCACUCUCUGGAGAAGAGAAUAGCAGCGCAGGGACGGAGAGGAGACAGGUGGCCGCGAAGAAAGCCAGUUAACGCUGCGGGAGAGAGAGAAAAUUCAAGUAGCUCAGAUCUAUCCUUAAAGGUGAGUGAUCAAACCCGAAUUAAACCCCGAAUCUCUGCACUUGAGACGCCAACAUGGAGCGAGUUAUAAAAUACUUAAAAUCAGGCACAGAUGCCAAGAUGAACAUCAUUUGUGGACUUAUCAUUCUAACCAGCAUGGUAACUUACAAGGCAUAUGAAUUUAAGUGCCCAUGCUUACCAGGAUACAAUAAACUUUAUGGAUUAAUGAUCCUGAUUGCCCCACCCUUGAUCUUCUUCUUUGUUGGGAUUAUUGUCAGCCAGUACUGUGGUAUACUGACAAUAGAAUGCUCUCGACCUGAUGGCAACAGAGAGAAAAACAAGAAGGUUUUAAGACAGCUGUUUAUAGCAAUGAUUUCUAGAGCAUUGGCUGCACCGCUCUUGUGGAUCCUCGUGUGUUUGCUAGAUGGGAAGCUAUUUGUUUGUGCAUUCAGUGAGACAGUGGAUCCAGAGCAGUUUGGGGGCUUUGCAGACUACUCUAAGUAUGACACAGCAUAUCUACUGGCUCAAGUGCCCUGCAAGAACUUUGAGAUACUCCACAGAUCCUCCACCAGGAAAGCAAUAUCCAGAUUCCUUAAAUUUUUAUCACAGGGCAUUGGUUGCAUAUUAGUGGUGACGUUUAUUGUGCUUGCUGCUGUCGCACGAAUUGUAACCCCUUUUUUCAACAGGGUUGCAUCACUGCAACUACUCUACUGGAGCAGGCAAUCAGUCAUAAUGAUAGAUGAAUGGCAGAGACCCACCGGCAGAAGAAAGAAAGACCUGGCAAUUGUAAGGUAUAUGUGCACAUCAGUGCUCACGCGUGCUAUGGUUGCUCCAGUGGUCUGGAUUUUGACAACACUCCUGGAUGGAAAAUGUUUUGUCUGUGCAUUUAGUGGCUCUGUGGACCCAGACAAAUUCCCAGGCUUUGCAAACAACACUUCACCGGACAUGCAAUUCCUGCUUUACAAGGUACCUUGUAAGGAAGACGUCAUGAUCAGAAACAAUACCUCGAGGAAAGCCGUUUCCAGAUACCUGAAAUGCUGGUCACAGGCUUUAGGAUGGAGCAUCCUGCUGUGUCUCAUUGUCCUGGUGUUCCUUGCCCGUUCCCUCAAGCCUUGCUUUGACCAGACAGCUUUCCUACAGACCCGCUACUGGAGCAACUACAUUGACAUUGAGCAGAAGAUCUUUGACGAGACCUGUUGUGAGCAUGCACGGGACUUUGCCCACAAAUGCAUUCUCCAUUUCUUCCAGAGCAUGCACAAUGAGAUGAAGGUGGCUUGCUUCACUAAGAAGACAGAGGAGGAUGAGGAAGAUCACCUGCACGGGAUUACGGAUCAGGAGCAUGUCAACAAACUCUUAAAAUCUUGGUACCAAAGCAAACCCCCGCUUUCAGUCAAUCACCCAACUCAGCGGCAACAUGUUAAAGGAAAAAGCAAUGGCUGCUGCUUUGAAAAUCAUAGUGACAAACAAACAGAUGUGUGAAUGCAAUGCUUAAUCCAAAACAAGCUACAGACACAUUGGGCCUAAUUCAUACUUAUACGCAAUGCCGAUGUUUUUGCAAUGGAGCAAUUUAUCAGCAGACUGCACAUGUGCUACGAUUGCACUGUGCAUACACCAAAGUACUUUUACAAUCGCGCUCGCAUUGAUAGUCUGUACACAGAUUGAUUGACAGGAAGGGACCAUUUGGGGGAGUUAAUGUGGGAGUGGUGACAACAACGCAGGCGUGUCAUGGCCGUUUUUUUAGGUAUUUGCCUUCAGCUGCGAUCAUAUAUGUGGAGAAACAUGGCACCAGCAUCGUUACUGCCGUGACCAGUCUGUGUAGCCAUAGUUCAACCCUAGGAAUUGAUGUCCAUUGUUAUUUUAUUAUUACGUCGGUGUUGCGUAUGAGUAUGCAAUUGCGGAGGACUUUGUGAUGGCUCUGGUGAUCUUCUUUCAUGGGUGUCAGCUUCACUUGCGAUGAUUAGCAGUUUCGUGAACUGGAAAAAAUGCAGCUGCAUAGGCAUUUACUAACAACCAUGAAUUAGGCCCAUUGUAUAUUUUUUGUUUUUCCUAGAUUCUUUAUGCCUCCAUAAUAUUACUUACCAGCACAUUACAUGGCUCCUUUUCACAGUGAUUCUGUUUAUAAGCCAUGUACAGAUGUGUCCACAUACAUUUAGCCUCCUGGUACGUUAAAUUACCCUUCUAGUCAUGUCAUGCUGUGGUGUAACUUGGUAGUGCCGAGCGUCUUUUUGUGCGACUUUUUUCCAUUAAAAUACAUCUUAUUUGCAUCAUUAUGAAAGUAGGAUGCACAAGCAGCCUAUGCUGACUAAAAUGAUAUGUGGCAUGCCUAUAUUCUAUGUGCAACCGCUGCUGUAUUUGCAUAUGAAUUGGUAUGCUACAGAGUUUUCCUAGUAAACCCAGUAAUGUAGCAUUUCAUAUGCAGCUACAGCUGCAGACACACACACACACACACACACACACACACACACAGAAUUUAGUGUGGCAUGGAAAGCAUAGUUCUACAUGGAGUUAAUGUGGAACAUCAGGAUUUCCCAGGUUUAGAAGAGCAGGACAGAAGGGUUCACUGCAGGUUUUACCUCAAUCAGUUGUCAGCCAGAAACUACUGUAGGCUAAUUAAUUAACAGCACCUGUAAUCUGCCUUUUUGUAUGUGUUUAGUGCACAGAGAUAUGGGGGUCAUUCAGACCUGAUCGCACACAAGCUUUUUUUGCAGCAGUGUAAUCGGGUCUGAAAUGCGCAUGCGUAUGCUCCGCAAUGCACAGGCGCAUUGGCUGCCUGCGACGGGGAUUGCCGGACAGCAACGGAUUUAACGAAGAAAUCGAUCGCACCAACAUUUGCAAGAAGAUUUACAGGAAGAGGCCAGCUGUGGGUGUCAACUGACCGUUUUUAAGGAGUGACCGGGAGAAUGCAGGCGUGUCCACAACCAUUUUAAGGGAGGGUUCCUGACGUCAGCUCCAGGCCGGAUCAUCGCAGCGACUGAGUAAGUCCUGAACUGUGCAGAGACUGCACAAACUUUUGUUUGUGUAGCUCUCUGCACAAGCAAUCGCACCCCUGCACAACGAUUACGCCCUCCCCCUGUAGGCGGCAACUACCUGAUCGCAGCACUGCAAAAAACCACCUGCGUGCGAUCAGGUCUAAAUCACCCCCUUUGCUCCUUAUGGCAGUUAGUGCCCAGGCGAUAGGUGGGAGUGUAGGGUUACGUUAGGAGCCAUUUUGAUCAUGCACUGUUUGUGACUACGAACAUUUGGACUGUCACCUGCUGUGUUGAGAACUGCCUGUAAACCUGACUUACAAUUCCUGCAUAUGAAGCUGUAUCCUGCCUGAGGUGGAAAUAAAAGUGUUUUGGAUCUUA